GGAGGAUAUUAUUGUUUGUGUAAAGAGAAACGACGACGCAGGGUCUAAGGAAGGGCAUUUUUGACGCGGCGCUGGGUUUAGUGAGUAGAGAAGAUGGGGAAGAAGACGAAGAAAGCCGGCAAAGGCAAAGAGAAAACUGAGAGAAAAACUGCAAAAGGAGAAGAGAAAAGAGUGCGCAGGGAAACCAAGAAGCUUUCUCCGGAGGACGACAUCGACGCCAUUUUGUUAACUAUUCAAAAAGAGGAAGCCAAAAAGAAAGAAGUUCACGUCGAAGACAACGUUCCCGCGCCUUCUCCUCGCUCCAACUGCUCGCUCACCGUCAAUCCGUUGAAAGAGACCGAGUUGAUUCUCUACGGUGGCGAAUUCUACAACGGGAAUAAGACUUUCGUCUAUGGGGAUCUCUACCGGUAUGAUGUGGAGAAGUUGGAAUGGAAAUUGGUUUCAAGUCCUAAUAGUCCUCCUCCUCGCAGUGCUCAUCAAGCAGUUGCUUGGAAAAAUUAUAUUUAUAUUUUUGGUGGUGAAUUUACAUCUCCAAACCAAGAGCGGUUUCAUCACUACAAGGAUUUUUGGAUGUUGGACUUGAAAACAAAUCAAUGGGAACAGCUUAAUUUAAAAGGGUGUCCAAGUCCACGCUCAGGACAUAGAAUGGUAUUAUACAAGCACAAGAUUAUUCUUUUUGGUGGCUUCUAUGACACUCUUAGAGAAGUGAGGUACUACAAUGAUCUAUUUGUAUUUGACCUUGAUCAAUUUAAGUGGCAAGAAAUAAAGCCCAAGCCUGGAGCAAUGUGGCCAUCUGGACGUAGUGGUUUUCAAUUAUUUGUUUACCAAGAUGACAUUUUUUUGUAUGGUGGCUAUUCAAAAGAAGUUUCAUCUGAUAAGAGCUCCUCUGAGAAAGGAAUUGUUCAUUCAGACAUGUGGUCCCUUGAUCCUAAGACUUGGGAAUGGAACAAGGUUAAGAAAAGUGGAAUGCCUCCUGGACCCCGUGCUGGGUUUUCCAUGAGUGUUCAUAAGAGGAGGGCUCUGUUAUUUGGUGGUGUUGUGGAUAUAGAAGUUGAAGGUGAUGUAAUGAUGAGCUUGUUUUUGAAUGAGCUUUAUGGUUUUCAGUUAGACACUAAUCGCUGGUAUCCUCUGGAGUUAAGAAAGGAGAAGUCAACAAAAGAUAAGUUAAAAAAAAUUGAACAAAAUUGUACUGAUGAUGUCGACAAGAAGAUAAAUGCAAUAUAUUCAGCUAGAGAAGAAACUGAGGAGUUAGAGGAUGAAGAAAGCAACAUCAAUGACAUAUCCCAGAAUAUUACAUCAAGCAUGUCUAUUGUUGAUGAUGAAACACUUAUCAAAUCUGAAGGAAAGCCUAAAGAAGCUGGUGCUAGAUUGGAGAUUCAGAGGAGUUCUUUGCCUGAGGUAGUGAAGCCCUGUGGACGUAUUAAUUCCUGCAUGGCUGUUGGAAGAGAUACAUUGUAUAUAUAUGGUGGCAUGAUGGAGGUUAAAGACCGAGAAAUAACUCUUGAUGAUUUGUAUUCUCUGAACCUUAGCAAACUUGAUGAAUGGAAGUGCAUUAUACCGGCAUCAGAAUCUGAAUGGGUUGAGGCUUCAGAGGAUGAUGAUGAUGAAGAAAAUGAAGAUGAAGAUGAAGAUGAAUCAGAUGGUGAUAGUUCCACUGAUGAGAAUGACGAUGAGGAGGAGGAAGAGGAAGAGGAGGCUCAGAAUGCAUCGGUUCAGGUGGGAGAUGCUGUUGCUUUAAUCAAGGGAGAGGGAAGGAAUCUGCGGAGGAAAGAAAGGAGGUCACGGAUAGAACAAAUUAGAGCUAGUCUUGGCUUGUCAGAUUCACAGAGAACACCAUUGCCAGGAGAAUCCUUGAGGGACUUCUAUCGUCGUACAAAUUUGUAUUGGCAAAUGGCAGCCCAUGAACAUACUCAACACACUGGGAAAGAACUCCGCAAGGAUGGUUUUGAUCUUGCUGAAGCUCGAUACAGGGAGCUAAAACCUAUUCUUGACGAGCUGGCUCUAUUAGAAGCUGAGCAGAAAGCUGAAGAGGACGAAGGGCCCGAAACUAGUGCAAAGAAAAGAGGCAAGAAGAAAACUAGAAAUUGAUAAUUUAUUUAGCGCAAGGUUUGGAUGCUAUCGAGAAUGUAAUUUGCAAUUUUGGUUUAGUUUGAUAUUAUUUGCGAAGGUUUUGCGCAUGGUCAUGUUACAUGUAAUCAGUAACAAGCACAGACACAAAAAUCACAAUUACACUACACGAAUUCCCUCCCCCGAAAAGGAGUACAAAAUUCGCAAUAGAAAAGAUAAGAGUUUGGCGAAUUUGUAAUUUAUGGUGACGAAUUUAUCUAUGCCUGAGUAUAUUUAAAAUUGCUACAGUUAC